UCCUAGAGGGGAGAGAGACAAGAAAGUAGACCACAGAAACGAAGAAACAAAAAAAAAAACACAGUAAUGGCUUGCAAAGCAGUUUUAAGGUCUGUUGUAUUAAAAGAGAGAUGGAUGAAUUCAUUUCAUCUCAUUCCAACUAAUAUUUCCCUUUCUACUACUUUCACUAACUUCGGGGGUUGUAAAGUUAGGGUUAGGGUUCGUGAUUUUCAUACGCGGUUUCCUUUAUAUUGUUCUUCUAAUAAUCCUGAAACCCCUUCUUCUUCCUCACAAGAUGAUAUAGACCCACCUCAAGAAGCUGUUCUUAAAGCUAUCUCAGAAGUAUCAAAAACAGAAGGAAGGAUUGGACAGACGACGAAUGUUGUCAUUGGCGGGACAGUUACGGAUGAUUCUACAAAUGAAUGGGUUGCUCUGGAUCAGAAGGUAAAUACAUAUCCCACAUUCCGAGGUUUUACCGCGAUAGGAACUGGAGGUGAAGAUUUUGUGCAUGCAAUGGUUGUUGCUGUUGAAUCUGUUCUUCAAGAGCCAAUCCCAGAGGGCGUUGUGAAGCAGAAAAUAUCUUCGGGGGGUAAAUAUGUGUCUGUAAACAUCGGGCCUGUUCACGUGAUCUCUAGCGAACAGGUUCAAGCUGUAUACAAUGCGAUGAAGAGAGAUGUACGGAUGAAAUAUUUUUUGUAGAUAGAUACUUGUAUCAAAGGCGGUUCCUAGAAGCAUGUUACUUGUCUAUUUUCUGUUUUGUCUCUGUAGAUUGAGCUGUUUAGCCAUUCUAUCAAUUUUUGUUACAUUGAUAUAAAGCCUUGAAAAAACAUGGUUGAAAUUGAUCAGCUGUCACUAAGCUUGAUCGUCCAAUCAUAAUUACUAAGAUGGUUCAUUGGGAAGCUAGUGGACUUGUUUCGAAACUUAAUUUGCUCCAUGCUAUUACUGUCUUCCUGCUACAUAUUGAAACUUAUGCACGGAAUGAUGGAAA